AUGUCCAACCGGGACUGCAGUUUUGCAUCCGACGCCAAAGGCUCUACACAGACUUCAAGCCCAGCCGAACCCACUACUACCUUUAGCCCUCCUUCUUCCUCAGAGAAUGCCUUGGAAGAGAUUAACCUCAAGCACAUGGAACUCCUCAUUCACCUAACCACAACGAACGGAAUGUUCAACCUCGGUGACGACAUCGGCCCGUAUCCGACGGGGAUUGCAUUCGCUUUGAAGCGCGGCCUCGACUCACCGUACCUUCUAUAUGCGUCUCUUGCUUUCUCGGCCCGGCAUCUGGCAUACCUGCAUCCCGAGCGCUCUGCGGAGUUUAUUCACCAAGCUGUGACGCUGCAAACUCGCGCUCUGGCGCUGUUCAAUGUGGAUAAAAUCCAGGUCGACAAGUCAAAUUGCGUCGCUAUUCUGCUCUUCUCGGCGGUAGUUGGACAUCACCUCCUCGCGGAUACUCUUAUGGAAGGGAGUCAGGAUGGGUUGUCCGGGUUCCUAAAGCGGUAUGUGCAUUGCGCUAGGACGCACCGCGGUCUAUACAGCAUCAUGAUGACGGCGCAACCGCUGCUUAUGGAGACUGAACUCGAACCAGUGCUAUCGCGAAGUAUCAGCUUUACCUCGCAGGACCCGAAAGGUAUGCAUUGCCAAACGUUCCGCGACUGGAUUAUGCAGACGUACAGCACCACGCAGGAGGAACGAGAAGCUUGCCUGUGCGCAAUUAGAUACCUGCAGCUGGGUUUCGAUGCGCUCUCGCCCUCCUCCAGACACCACAGCAUGCAGUACCAGAUGCUGUUUUUAUGGAGUGUUCUCGUUCCACCAGAGUUCAUAGCCAUGCUUACCAUAAAACAACCUUUCGCUCUCGUCGUUCUCGCUUACUAUGCACUCCUAUUGCAUCAUGGUCGACAUAUGUGGCAGGUCGGAGGUGCGGGCGAGUAUCUAUUUGGUAUGAUUGAGGGGUAUCUCGGCUCGCCGUUCGUCGACUGGUUGGAGUAUCCAAGGGCGGCCAUCCGUGGCUCUCGGCACUGA